AAAGUUUGAGGGCUCUGGUUUAAGGCCACGCCCCUUUUCUGCCGCGGUGUCUUGUGGGAAAAAGGAAGGCCUAGGCCGCAGUGUUGUUGUUUUGUUUCCCUUCUUCGGAACGGGAGCCGACAGGAGCCAAAAUGCCGGAACGAGAGAGUGAGCCGUUUUCCAACCCUCUGGCCCCAGAUGGCCAUGAGAUAGAGGAUUCCCACUCAUUCCACCAAUCUAAGCUGACCAAUGAAGACUUCCGGAAGCUUCUUAUGACCCCAAGGGCAGCACCAACGUCUGCACCACCUUCUAAAUCUCGCCAUCAUGAAAUGCCAAGAGAGUACAAUGAAGAUGAAGAUCCAGCUGCUCGUAGGAGGAAGAAGAAAAGCUAUUAUGCAAAGCUACGCCAGCAAGAGAUUGAGCGAGAAAGAGAACUGGCUGAGAAAUAUAGGGAUCGUGCCAAGGAGAGAAGAGAUGGUGUCAACAAGGACUAUGAGGAAACAGAGCUGAUCAGCACAACUGCCAACUACAGGGCAGUGGGACCCACUGCAGAGGCAGAUAAGUCAGCUGCAGAAAAGAGGCGACAGUUAAUUCAGGAGUCCAAGUUCUUGGGUGGUGACAUGGAACACACUCACUUGGUGAAGGGUCUGGAUUUUGCUUUGCUGCAAAAGGUCCGUGCUGAGAUUGCCAGCAAAGAAAAGGAAGAAGAGGAACUAAUGGAAAAGCCUCAGAAGGAAACGAAAAAAGAUGAAGAUCCAGAACACAAAAUUGAAUUCAAGACUCGUUUAGGUCGCAACAUAUACCGGAUGCUGUUCAAGGGUAAGGCAUAUGAGCGAAAUGAGCUGUUCCUGCCGGGGAGAAUGGCCUAUGUGGUAGAUCUUGAUGAUGAAUAUGCAGAUACAGACAUCCCUACAACCUUGAUCAGAAGCAAAGCUGAUUGCCCUACAAUGGAGGCUCAGACCACAUUGACUACAAAUGACAUUGUCAUCAGCAAACUGACCCAGAUUCUUUCCUACUUAAGGCAAGGCACUCGCAACAAAAAGCUCAAAAAGAAAGACAAAGGAAAACUGGAUGAGAAAAAACCACCAGAGGCAGAUAUGAAUAUUUUUGAGGACAUUGGAGAUUAUGUGCCAACUGCGGCAAAGGUGCCUCGAGAGAAGGAGCGAGAGAGAUAUAGGGAACGUGACCGUGAGCGGGAACGAGAGAGAGACAGGGAGCAUGAGCGAGAUCGUGAACGAGAUCGGGAGAGGGAACGUGAACGUGAGGAGGAGAAGAAGAGGCACAGCUACUUUGAGAAACCCAAACCUGAUGAUGAGCCUGUUGACAUUGAUAAAGGCCCUGGCUCAGCCAAAGAGUUAAUUAAAUCAAUCAAUGAGAAGUUUGCUGGUGCAGGUGGUUGGGACGGGACAGAAUCAUUAAAAAAGGCCGAAGACAAAAAGCAACUGGGUGACUUCUUUGGAAUGUCGAACAGCUAUGCUGAAUGCUACCCUGCAACAAUGGAUGACAUGGCUGUGGAUAGUGAUGAAGAAGUAGACUAUAGCAAAAUGGAUCAGGGAAACAAAAAAGGACCACUUGGUCGUUGGGACUUUGACACACAAGAAGAAUACAGCGAAUAUAUGAAUAACAAAGAGGCUUUGCCCAAAGCGGCAUUUCAGUAUGGAAUCAAGAUGUCUGAAGGCCGUAAGACACGCCGUUUCAAGGAGACCAAUGAUAAGGCUGAAUUGGAUCGCCAGUGGAAGAAGAUCAGUGCAAUAAUUGAGAAAAGGAAGAAGAUGGAGGCUGAUGGGGUUGAGGUGAAGAGACCAAAAUAUUGAACCUUCUUGAGCUCCUAGUCCCUUUGGCUACAUCUCUAUGCUGGGAUACAACUUUGAUGGAGGAUCACAGUAGCCCUUUCCGCUCUGGUGCAAAGCCCACAUGAUUCCUGAGCUCAGGAUAGUGCAGGGCCUUGAGUGUGUAAACACAAGAAAGAAUUCCUGAUUCUUCUGAAGAACCUUACUGGCUGUCUUCCUCGUCUUGUACUGUGUGCAGCAGUGCUUCCAUAGGAGCCUGCACUUUAGAUUUUGUGCCUGGUAAUUCUUGUACAUGUAAUAAAACCUGCACAAAUA